AUGCGCCCUUUUAUCUUUGCCGUCAUCUUCACUUCUUCUGCUCUUCUGAGUUACGCGGCUCCGCUAUACGGCUCUGAACGCCUGAACACUUUGGUCGCUCGUCACUCCAGAACACCAAGUCACGAAGAACAGUAUCUCAAGCACAAGGAGCUUGGCGAGCACCAUAAUGCAAAAGCCAAUGAACAUACGACUCAGGCCCACUACCACCUCGGAAUGGCUGAUAGAUUCCAUGCAAUUGGGAAUACCGAAGGCCAUCAGUCGCACCUCUCGGAAGCAAUGAGGCACCACGAUCGUGUCGCAGAACACACGCAGAAAGCAGUGGAGCAUGGAAAGGAAAUGAAAUACCAUGGCAAGAAAGCUGGAAUAUUGCAUAGGAGCAUUGAGGAGCUGGACUAG